GCGCCACAACUCAGUUAAAAGUUAGGACAUUAGAUGUUAAGUGGCAUUAUUGGAUAAACUGUUACAAGUGUUGGAGAAAUUAGCAAAUAACUUCUUAUUAAUUGAGCAUCCAGUAUCCAUCGGAUAAGCAACCAACAUAAUCUUUGUCAAGAAUUUGCAAGUGAUUUGAAUAGCUUACUUGGCAUAUUACAUGAAGCACCCAACGGCAGAAUGAGUGAUGUAGAAUCUCAUAUGGACCUUAAAACUGCAGACCUGAUGGAGUUGGUGGGGAACUUUCAGCCGACCGUACCUGCGUCUCCCGAGGAAAAAUCCAUCGCACUCAGUCGGGCAUUGAGACAGGAAUUAAAGUGCAAAGCAAAGCUUAACCUCCACAGACGGGGCUUGAGCGAGUCGUUUGAAGAAGAGAAAAGACCUCGAGUAAAUGGGCCCCUGACGCCACGGGAGGUCGAGAAACGUGAGCGCCGGAAGCGGCAGAACCGGGAAGCCGCCGCGCGGUGUCGCGAAAAGAAGCUUAAAGGACAGGCUGAGCUGCAUAGGGACUUCGAAGCUCAACAACUGGAAAAUGAGCAGUUAAAAAGGACAAAUGCAGAGCUGCUGGAGGAAAAACUUAGACUCCAAUCCAUUAUUGAAAACCAUGUUUGUUUCAAGACGGGACAUCCGGCGCCCAUUAACUCUAGCCCAGGAUAUGCCUCCACGGUACAGUUUGAUUUCCAACACUGUGAUGGUGCCCCACCCUCCGUCUCCCCGAUUCAGACGUCGGCGAUGACGUCACCAUAUGCUCGUGAGGUCACGACCCCGUUCCAGCAGGACCCGUUUGCGGACCAGAAUUUGGACGAUAACGUGUUUGGGGAAUUCUAUUCUCUCCUCAAUCCGGGAAAGAAGCAAAUGGAAUCAUCGUGCGCAAGCGCAACGUCGGUGCUAAACGCACUUCCGGAACUUCCAAAUUUAGACAGUCUUACUGACAUUGACUUUUACAAUCCGAUAAGCCCUGAGGAGAUUGGUUGUAUGGGGCGCGGCAGUAUCUCUGAAUACCGCGAAUUGAAGGACUAAUGUGAGUCCAGACAUAGAGACAUAGAUAGUGAUCUGAAACGUGUACAUAAUUGUUUUCUGUCAAAAAAAUUGUCAUUAUCAUUUAAAUUCUUACUGUGAUCAUUAUGAAUAAUUGCCUACUUCAUUGUUCUAUACAUCAACUGGGUAUAUUCAUUUCUCAUUUUCGGUUUUAGUUGGGAACAUUACAAAUGGUUUCUUUUCUGUUGAAGACAAUACUGUUAAUUUGCUGUAAAUGGUGUUAGAAUAAUUAGUUCGUUGCUGUUUGAAACAUAUAAUGGACAAUCUUUUAGAUUAAGAUUGCGUAAUAGUCAACUAUUUGUUCUGAAUUAAGCCACGAAUGGAAUAACCAAAUUUAUUCAUGGACAUUGCACGUUAGCAUAGUAACAUAUUUAUUUGACCAUUGUAUCGCCUACGAUUUAACAUUAUCAAAACAUCAAAUAUCAAAAGAUUUAUUGGUUUUGAAACAUUGCCAAAACAGAAUCAAACGGACAUCUGCACUCAGUGAUCAUUCGAAAUGAUUUCAGUCUUUUGUAAAGUAACACGCAGAAGGCGCCGAUUUUUUUAAUAACAUGUCGUCUGCAUUUUCGUCUGAUAAUUUUGAAGUUGAAGAAGAAAAAAACGUAAUAAAUUUGGUGACUCAAUUUUACGCACUUACAUGUUAUACGGACAAGUAUGAAUAUUUAAACUGAGAUAGAAAAAAUAAAUUGUGGCUUUUAAUACAGAAAUCUUUGGUGAAUUUUCUUUUUUGUAAUAUGUUGCUGUACAUAUUUUGAUGAUACUGCCAUAUUUGCCAGUCUCAGUUGUGAAAAUAUGACUAACUAAACGCUGUAAUUUAGAUGUUUAAGUUUUUAAAUAGUAAACUAUCCGUAGAAAAAACAUCUUUAAAGCUUUUGUUUAAACUUCCUUUUCGAAUGAUUAUGAAUUCAUCUUUUCAAACCACAGAUUUGGUCUUUGAUUUUAGUUUGAAAUUUUGUUCAUAUAUAUAUAUAUAUAUAUAUAUA